AUGGCUGCAGCACCAGAUGCUCUCUGGCCACUCGUUUGCAUUACGGGCUUCCUAGCACCCAUAGCCCUCGUUUUAUACUUUUGCCUUCGAGUCUACUGCGUCGUAUACACACACCUUCAAGGCAACCGGCAGCUAGUCCUCGCAUGGUGUUUUCUCGGCAUUGAAUUCUUUCAAUACAUACCUUCCAUAUUUCUCUACCUUAACCGCAUGCUAGUUCCCCGACGUCCACGUCGACCCCAACUUUUUCUCGAAGGCGAAGACGUACCCGUCAUCUCGGUCCUGAUCACUGCCUGUGGAGAGGAACACGAUACCAUUCUUAAUGUCGUACGAUCUGCAUGCGAGACGAAUUGGCCGGCAGGCCGUUUAAAUGUGAUUCUAUGCGACGAUGGUCGUAGCAAAGAACUUCAGGAUAAGAUACUGCACUUGCAGCGGGAAUAUCCCUUUGCACACUACACCAGCCGGCCGCCUCCAGAGAUCCCAGACUAUAAAGCGGGUAAUCUCAACAACGGCCUCCAAUACAGCGCCAAACUCAACGACCCACCCUCACCCUUCGUCGCAGGUCUGGAUGUCGACAUGAUUGUGCAACCCAACUGGCUCCGCCAGCUAAUGCCGCAUCUACUCGCCGACCCCAAGAUGAGCAUGGCAUGUCCGCCGCAAAACUUCUGGAACAUACCCAAAAACGAUCACGUGCGCCAGGAUCUCGACUACUUCUACUCUGUAACGGAGACUGUGCACGACGCCCUGGGAGCAGCCGAUUGCGUGGGGUCCGGGUACCUGGUCCGACGAGAUGCGUUGACGGAUAUUGGCGGGUUUCCUGCGUUUUCGAUCAGCGAGGAUACGGCGUGUAGUUCGUUAUUGCUGGGGAAGGGGUGGCAGGUUGCGUAUGUGGAUGAGUAUAUGCAGUGUGGGGAGAUGCCGGAGACGUUGCGGGGACAUAUCAAGCAGCGAACGAGAUGGACGAUUGGCAAUGUUCAGACUGCGUUCAAGUUAAAUUUCCGCCUCUGGGGCCCAAAAAUCCCUUUGUGUACUGCUCGCCAACGCCUCGCUGGCUUCGUCUUCGGCGCAAGCUCUCUUGCCAACUGCACCUUGACCUGGAUUGGCUUCGUCGGAAACCUUGUUGCCCUGCUCGCCGGCUACCCCUUUGUCGUGUACCAUGAACGCUGGCAGCUAGUUUGGCUACUGCGCCUCGUCGGCUUAUGGGUGUUUUCCGACACUGCGCACAAAGCUAUUUUGGCGCUGUUUGUCGGUUACAGAGAUGCCAUGCGCUGGGAUCAAGCGGAUAUCUGGCUUGUGCCAUAUUAUGCGCUCGCAAUGGUUCGCGGAUUCGUUCUACCAGAUAAAUUUGGUGGGACAACGCCUGGUUUCAUGCCAAGUGGGAGUUUGUCUGCUUUGAUCAAAGAGCGUCGACCAAAUCUUUCGGGCUUCGUAGGACGUUUCCGCGCACUUUUCUUGCAGCAGAUGAUAUGGAUACACUUCUGUUACAUCUUGGCCUGCUUGCUCGGUGUCGCACUCAACUUUGUCCGCUGUUUCGAUCCAGCGGCCGGGAUUGGCACUGCUUAUCUGGAACAGCGUUUGGUGUCAGGCCGCGAUCAAUGGAUAUUCCUGCUCACGAGAGUUGGGUGGCCCCCAGUAUGGUGGUUGGGUCAGUUCAUCAGUUGCUGGAUUCCUGUGAGCUAUAUCUUGUGGCCACCAGUACAAGUCACUACAGAUGAGGCGCUGCAGAUGGAUGAGAAAACAGGAGUGCGAUAUCCAAAAGAGGAGUAUCUGAACCCUAAGAGAACCAGGUUUGGAAGACUUAGUGAUCAUAUGACAUUGAUCAUGUUUUUGUAUACAGCUGUUACUUUUGUUGCGUCCUUUUACAUAUAG